AAGACUCAUAACCUUAACGUACUUUUAUUUCGUAGUUUGAAAGUCCCUCGCAACCAAGAGGGUAAAAAAAGAAGUAGCGUUAGCCCACACGUCUCACAACCGAACCCCCCCAAAAGCCCAAACCACCAACUAGCCGCCGCCACCACCAACACCACCGCCAACUCAACACCAACACAACCAUAAUAAUUGUUUGCUUCUCCUGGUCCAAACAGAAAUAGCAAAGCGAAGAAGAUGUACAGGGACGUGUCUAGCUGCAACACUUACAACUAUGGAGACGCCUUGUACUGGGACGCGCGAUACGUCCAGGAAGCUGAGAGCUUCGAUUGGUACCAGCAUUACUCUUCUCUUCGCCCCUUUGUUCGUCGUUAUAUCCCUACUUCCUCUCGUGUCCUCAUGGUUGGCUGUGGCAAUGCCCGUAUGUCAGAGGACAUGGUUGAGGAUGGAUACGAAAACAUAACGAACAUUGAUAUUUCGUCAGUGGCCAUUGACAUUAUGAGAAGAAAAUACGAGCAUGUCCAUCAGCUCAAUUACAUGGAAAUGGAUGCUAGAGAUAUGAGCUUCUUCCCAGACAAAUCUUUUGAUGCUGUUGUGGACAAGGGGACUCUCGAUUCGUUGAUGUGUGGCAGUGAUGCUCCUAUUAGCAGUGUCAGAAUGCUGGGGGAAGUAAGCAGGCUUCUUAAACCUGGAGGAAUUUAUAUGUUGAUAACCUAUGGUGAUCCCAAAGUAAGGAUGCCUCAUUUGACCCGGUCCAUUUACAAUUGGAAAAUCAUAUUGUACAUAAUACCCAGACCAGGUUUUGAAAAACCAGGCGGUAGCUCAUCAAGCUCGCAUUUGGAACCUGUUCCCAUUUCUGACACGGGCGUACUUCCAGCAGAUUUUGUUUUGGAAGAUCCGGAUUCUCACUUUAUAUAUGUGUGUAAAAAGAUGGAUGAAACGACAGAAGUGAGUGAUAUAUCCUCCUACCCAUUGAUUGCUGAUGCUUUAUAAGACUAAUACAUUGAAGCAGUAAUGUUCUCGAUGUAUGAUUGUUGUUGCUUGUGCCAUAAGGACUAGUUAUUGUUGCCCUUUCAGUUUUGUUACUAGAUAGAGAUUCUGUUGUUGCUUCCCUUGACGUUUAAAAUUAGCCUCUGGUUGUGCUGGUUGUGCAAAUGAAUAAUAGGAUCGAACGAUAUCUGAACCCUUUGGAGAAAAGCCUGUGAAAUAGGCGUUCCUGUAUCAUUUAUAGGAGUGGAUUCUGAUUUCUAGUUCUUUUUUUUUUUACAUGAAUUUCACUGUAAAACUUGUUUCA